AUUAAUCCCCAAAGCGCAGACAUCGCUGGCGGAGGAGCCUCCAGAAUCGGAGAUUUGGCGACUUUUUGCAUUUUCCAGCCGUCGCUUCUUUCUGUUAUUAUUGUAAUUUUGUGCGAAAGGAAGUUAUGAACAACUGCAAGUCAGGAAGUGGAAAUCCACACCGGUUGUGACAAGCUGGGGCUAAAAACUAUUUCAUUAUUUAUAUAGAUGUGUCUAUCAACAUUCUGCUUUUCAUCCAAAGAAUAAAGGGAAAUACCGGCUAGUCCUAUGUUUGAUGGUGAAUGACAGACUGCAUCUGAGCAAAGGAAGGACUAAAUAUAUCGACUAAGAACACCAUCUUUAUUUAUUGAACUCAAGAGACUUUUUUUUUAACCCAAAGACUGUUUGAGCAAGAGAUUUAAUGGGCCAUUAAAAGGGGGAAAAAAUUUUAAAGGCCCUUUUGCUUCUGAAACGCAGCUAACCUCAAAAAUAGAAGCAGUACUUGUAAGACAGAUACUCGAAUUAAGGCUUUACACGAUGAAUUUUCUAUCCUAUGGAUAUCAGUUUUGAAAUUACAAACCAAGGAGAUCUGUAAUUGAUCUUGCACCUGAUAAUUUCAAUGCCUAAUAUUCCCCAGGAUUGCUGGAGUACCCUAGGAGCUGCGUCGGACUGUACUCGGGGUAUGCCAUGGGCUGUAUUCAGAGUAUUAGCUGCAAAUCCAAAGUUUUCCGGGAGAGUAUUUCAGUGAUUGAAGUCAAAGCCUCCAUUGAUCCCGUUCCCACCAGCAUUGACGAGUCCUCCAGCGUGGUCCUGCGCUACCGGACCCCUCACUUCCGAGCCUCUGCCCAGGUGUUGGUGCCCCCUCUUCCCAAGAAGGAGACCUGGAUCGUGGGCUGGAUCCAGGCUUGCAGCCACAUGGAAUUUUACAAUCACUACGGGGAGCAGGGAAUGUCAAGUUGGGAGCUUCCAGAUCUACUGGACGGUAAAAUCCAGGCCAUCAGUGACUCAGACGGGGUGAACUAUCCCUGGUAUGGGAACACCACCGAAACCUGCACCAUCGUGGGUCCCACCAAGAAGGAGUCCAAGUUCAACAUCAGCAUGAACGACAACUUCUACCCGAGCGUGACGUGGGCAGUGCCCGUCAGCGACAGCAACGUGGCCAAGCUCACCAGCAUCCACCGGGAUCAGAGCUUCACCACCUGGCUGGUGGCAACCAACACGGCCACCAACGAGAUGGUGACCCUGCAGACUAUCAAAUGGCGCAUGAGGCUGGGCAUCGAGGUGAACCCCAGCCGGCCCCUGGGCCAGCGUGCCAAGCUGCAGGAGCCCUCUGCUCAAGAGCAGCCCCAGGUCCUCAGCAAGAAUGAGCCAAUACCACCCAGUGCCCUUGUCAAACCCAAUGCCAAUGAUGCUCAGGUACUUAUGUGGAGGCCAAAGGAUGGACCACCGCUCGUGGUGAUACCCCCAAAACAUCGGUAAUGCACGCCUGGCGUCCCGGCACCGGAAGGGAGAAAACGAAACCCGCAGCAAAACAAUCACUUAGGUAUUAGGAUACACACCUAUAAUCUGAGCAAAAUCAAAAUGCACUUUUUAUUCAUUCAACAAAUGCAACCAUUCUACCUUCUCCCAUUGGGACGGAUUUCACUGUGCUAAAGCUAAAGAGGAGACCUUGGACUGGGUCUGUCUCAUCACUGGAUUCCUAAGGGAAGAAACUAACACUGAUGUCUACCCUAUAACUUUUUUUUUUUCUUCCCUACUUUAGUUCCCGUUUGAACUUCAGCCUCAUUAGCUUGUCCAGAACUGCCCAGAACAAUAAGAACAUUUUAUUUGGGAUUUUAAGAAUUUUUUUUUUUCUUUUUGGUUGAGAACGAAACAAGUUCCUGGAGCAAAAAGUUGACUAUUUAAGAUAAGGUAUUUUUUUUUUAAGCUGUAAGGUUCUGAGUUGCAAAUCCAAGUCAUGCGGCCUUAUGUAGACUUUGCUUUGCAUUGCCAAACUUUUGCCUUAAAGCUAUGUUUGAAAAAAAAAAAAACAACAACAACAAAAAACACCACCAGGCAGAAUGUCCUUUCUACAGAAUUCUGAAGAAAAAAGUUUUGGAACAAGGAAUAGAUUGUCAGCGUGGCAUGGGCUGAUGGAUGAAAAGGGCAUGAAAUUGGAAGAAGCAAGAAAAUCUUCCUCUUUUUAAAACCUGGAACAAGGAAGCACGGAAAUAAUCUCAGUUUCAAAGCAAUGCAAAUAACAAACCUGCUGUUGGAUGGCUCUCGAGGGGGAGCUCCCAGGCCACCUCCCUGCUUUGCAGGAGGGGUCGGAAGCUCCUCGUGCUGCUCACCCGUGGUGAUCUCAGCCUCCUGUUAGCAGUUUAACAUGGAAUAACCUCACAGCUGGAAUUGUGGCCCUGGGAGUCAACACCAAUCGGGGGGGAAUGUCCCACUGGGUUUGUCUUUACGACACACAGAUGUUUUCCCAGCUAGCCCACAGCCUCACCUUCCUGUGGAUAAGAGCCAAGGGCUCGUGCGCCUGCUGCUGUUGGUGAAGCUCUGUUUGCCCCUGAAAUCCCCAUGACGGUGCUGUACAAAGAGUGGGAUAUCAAAAGGAUCCUGCUGAAGUCACUGGAGACCCACAGGUGUCAGCAAGGGCAGAUCUGACCCACUCAGCCUACCCAGCCAGAUCUGUAGUGCAGGAGCAGCCACGUCUGAAAAUAACAGGGAUCCACUCCUGGCAAACACAGCUGAGGAAAACUCUCCCUUCUGUAACGAAUCACAUUGGGAUUAACAGAUCAUUUCCUUCCCCAGUGACCUCACGAUCUACCUGACUGUCAGCAACGAGGUGCAGACAGGACCACGACACUGUCCCUGUCUGCCGUGGCAGGAACAUCCACUGCAGCAAGGGGUAACACACGAGAAGGUGCAGGCAGGGCAACACCUGAGCCUGGGGUGUGGAUCCUCAGUGAGGAAGGAGCAUUUGGAGAAGGAGGUGAAACCUGUCAGUUUUAAUAAGAGCCAGAUGGCUGCUGAGAUAACCCAGCUCUUCUGCAGAGGAGGAUGAGGCAGAAGAGCCUUUUGAAUGGGAGGGAUGGGUUUGAAGGCAGAGGAGGUUCUGUAGUAGAAGUGGCAUCUGGAGGCCAAGGCACAGGUUGGGGAGUGGAGGAUCUGCCCUGCUCCAGCACAUGGCCCGAGGCAGAUCACUUCACUCUGCAGCUCCUUCCCCCUGAAAAUAUUUCUUCCUCCUAUUAACAACUUGCCUCAAGAGCUGGGACUAAGGAGAGUUCUGCGUGCCAGGUACAAGCCUGGCCUUGCUGAGCUGGUCUGAACAGGUCUCACAACCCCACACACGCUGCUCCAAAGGCUUUCCCCUUGGAGAGGCAGCAGUUAGCUGCUAUUCCUAUCCUCAUCUUCCACAUGGGACGUUACCAGCAAGAAAUUCUCCUUCCUCACUUCUGCACAGCCACACCACCUCCUUCAGCAGCAGGUUCAACGUCACCCUCUGCCUGGGGAACGCAAGCCCAGAAGUUGUGUCCCCCACCAAGACAGCCUCAAACCAGCAAACAAGGUUCCUGGGGCCCUGCAGCCAUUCCCCUGUCCCCAGGGGAGCCCACCCUCCUCCAUCCACAGGCUUUCAGAGAUGCUCAGCCACAGAGCUGCUCCUUUCCACGGGCAGAGCUCCAAGGUGGGAAGUCCGGCUUGCAAACGACCGGACUGGAUCAAACCCAAAUCCACAAGCCAAAGGGUGCCUAAAUCUCAGCUUUGGGACUAUAAAGGAUGAAGCUAGGGAGACUUGGACUUGCACAGUCAUUCUCUGUAUUAAACUCAGUUUUCUUACCUGGAUUCAGAUCCAACUAUAGCUCCACUGGCACAGCCCUUUGGGACUUGUCUGGAUUUUCUCUGAGGCAAUACAUGCAGAAGAGGACAAACUGUGGGCUGUGGGUGAAUAGCUGAUCGUGCUCUCACGCAUCCUGGCUGCUGCUGAGUCCCAUGGGUGGGAGCAGAAGGGGGAUUUGUGUCUGGUAUUCACUUUGUCUCCAGGUGCUGAGUACUUACAGUUCUCACUGAUGUCAGCCUGGGUCGAAGGAAUCGGACCCACUUGUCUUAAUUAGCUGCACGAAGGAAUUCCAAGGAAAGAUUUCUUCUCAGUCACCAAAAACCACAUUCAGGGAACACCUAUGUCCUUUUCCACUUAGCUUUGUGUUGGGCUUAGUCUCCCAAGUAAACCUGGUUCCUCCUAUUCCCUCUCCCUG